AUGGGAAACAGCCCGUCUAAAUCCAACUAUGCCCUACCGAGUACGAAGACAGCCAGUGCAAACUCAAGUGGUGUUCUCACCUCUAGCGAUGACCUGAAUAGCAACGAACCUAAUGACCCCGAUGAUAGUAGGUCUCUACCUACUAUCACUCCCACACAACAUAUCAAUCUCGUUCCGAGAUCGGCUCCUGGAGAGCCCAAAUCCAAACCCAAACCCAACUCCAAUGCUGGUUCCAGCUUCAACUCGUAUCCACCUCCAAGCCUGGCGUCGCUCGCAAAAGCGCACUACACGCAUUCGCCUGCACCCAAAAUGUCCAGCCCCGCGUCUUCUUCGCCGCAACACGGCUCCCAUCACCACCGACCGCAUCACCCGCACCAUCAUUCCCACAACACCAGAAACGCCAAGAGACGGUCGACCGCGUCCUACGAUCUCGAUCUCGACAUCGACAUGUCGUUUGCCAAAGCGCUGGGAACCUCGUAUCCCGCGUCCACGUCCCUCGCAGGCUCUGGGUCCAGUUCCAGCUCUGGGUCCAGCAACAAUGGCACCAUUACCCCACCAUCUUACUCCACAGAUUCCUCGUUCACUAACUACAGCUUCACGGAUAACGAGCCCCAGACGCCGCAGAGUAGCUCUGCCCCAACGUCUACAACGCACCCAUUGCCUCCGAUAAAGGAGGAAAUGCAAUCCUCGACCGCUUUGGCUCGUAAAAACCGCAGUUCUCGCUCCUCUGCCUCUCAAGUUCCCCAUGACAGGAAAGCUGCUCCGCCCGUAAUUCUCAAAAGAUAUUCCCACGACGCUCAGGCUACAGAACAUGUUGACAUCGACGAAGUCAUCGAAAGACUAUUGGACAUUGGAAGUACCAGAUACUAUCAAGCCAAAGAGUUUCCUUUGAGUGCUUGGAAAGUGCAGGUCAUUUGCAGCAAAGCCCGAGAAUUGUUUCUGCAACAGCCGUCUUUGUUGCGAUUGCAAGCUCCCAUUAAGAUCGUGGGCGACUUGCAUGGUCAAUUCACGGACUUGAUGCGUAUUCUGAGACUCUCUGGCGUUCCUCCUGACUCCAGCUACUUAUUCCUGGGUGAUUACGUUGACCGAGGCAAGCAAUCUUUGGAAACUAUGUUGCUUCUGCUCUGCUACAAGAUCAAGUUCCCAGAUAGGUUUUUCAUGCUGAGAGGGAAUCACGAGUCUGCCAAUGUUACCAAGAUGUAUGGAUUCUACGAUGAAUGCAAACGUCGUUUGUCGUCCAAGAGUUGGAAAGUUUUUGUUGACGUUUUCAACUCGUUGCCGCUUGCCGCUGUCGUUCAAGAGAAGAUCUUUUGUGUUCACGGCGGAAUUUCUCCGCACUUGCGAGAUCUGAGCCAAAUCGAACGAGUCGCUCGGCCAACUGACAUACCCGAUGAAGGUUUGAUAACAGACCUUUUGUGGAGUGAUCCGGACCCACAAGUCUCGGAUUGGUCGGUCAACGACCGUGGAGUUUCCGUGACAUUUGGCAAGCGUAAUGUGCUUGAGUUUUGUUCACGCUUCAACUUUGACCUGGUCAUUCGUGGCCAUAUGGUAGUGGAAGACGGCUACGAAUUUUUUGCGCGGAAGAAGUUUGUAACGGUGUUUUCUGCCCCCAAUUAUUGUGGUGAGUUCCAGAACUGGGGUGCCGUCAUGAGCGUAACAACGGGGCUCAUGUGCAGUUUUGAACUACUGAAGCCACAUGGCAUUAAGAAUAAGCCCAAGAGUUAG